AUACUAUAGGAGAUGACCAGAGACUGCGGACACAGUACAGGAGAUGACCAGAGACUGCGGACAUAGUACAGGAGAUGACCAGAGACUGCGGACAUAGUAAAGGAGAUGACCAGAGACUGUGGACAUAGUACAGGAAAUGACCAGAGACUGUGGACAUAGUACAGGAGAUGACCAGAGACUGCGGACUCAGUACAGGAGAUGACCAGAGACUGUGGACAUAUGUACAGGAGAUGACCAGAGACUGCGGACACAGUACAGGAGAUGACCAGAGACUGCGGACACAGUACAGGAGAUGACCAGAGACUGCGGACA